AUGCAGGCUGAUAAGUCUACAAUUGUUGAGAAAGCAGUGAACCACAUCCAAAAACUGCAUAAUACUUUUGAGAAGCUUGAACAGGAAAAACUAGAAAGGCUUCAAGAACAUAAUGUAAGGUGUAUGAGUUCACAAAAUUUCACUAAUGCUGGUAACAAUUGGGAGAAAUAUCUGGGUGAUCAAGGAUCAACACAUAAUUCUUCCUCUAUUACAUCAACAACUCAUGGUACCAAUCCCCUUAUGGUGAAUAAUAACAUUCCAACAGGUUUUGUAACAUGGAGUUCACCAAACGUGAUACUUAAUGUUUGUGGUGAAAAUGCACAUAUUAGUGUGUGUUGUCCAAAGAAGUCAGGGCUAUUCACCUUCAUUUGUUAUGUUUUGGGGAAACAUAAGAUUGAGAUUGUGCCUGCUCAAGUUUCAUCGGAUCAAUUCAGAAGCAUGUUCAUGAUCCAAGCUCAUGCUAAAGGUGGAACUGGCAUAGCUCAAGUCUCUGAAGCAUCCAGAGUUGAAGAAAUGUACAAGCAAGUUGCGAUUGAGAUAAUGUCAUUUGCAGCCCCCAAUUGAUG